AUGGAGCCCCCACAAGUAUCGUCAAAGCAACCAUUCAGAGCAUGUAAUGCCUGCAAACGACGCAAAGUGAAAUGCGGUGGCGGGCCAAUUUGCAGCCGCUGCUCUCAGGCAAACUUGCAUUGCAUCUACGGCUCGGUUCAUCCUGCAGCUCUCUCGCGGCGUUCGAUCAUUCGUGGGAAAGUCAUCGAGAGCUAUAGAGAGUCACUCGCACGGGAGGCAACCAGCAAUAGUGGAGGACAGACCUCUCCUCUUGUGGCGCAAGACCUACACACAGAUGAUACGAGCGGAGAUGGCACAUCUCGCUUCACAUCCGAGUUUUUCUUGGAGCUUGUGGAGGACUUCUGCAACUAUACUUUACCAACUGUACCCAUCAUUGGCGAAGCCGAGUUCAGAUCCGCCAUCGAGGCUAUGGCUCAUUCCACCCAGGAUCGGUCUCUUGUAUACUGUCUCGCGGCGCAGACACUCCAUCUCAGGCGCACCAUGGGAAGAAGCGGAAUUGUAAAUCCAGAUGACGCGACCACCCUGUACGAAACGGCACUUCGGCUCCGGCAGCCAGUGUUUUUCCGGCAUCAAAUCUCAGUCAAGAGCGUGAUGGUUCCGCUGCUUACCUCGAUGGGGAUGUUUUCAACAGGUCGAGACGUGGAUAUGGGGUUCUACUAUAACAGGGAGGCUAUAAACGGCGUCCAGAUACUCCAUGUGGACGACCCUGAGCAUCAAAAUUCACUUGAGCCAGCUGAGAGAGCACAAAGAGAGCGUCUUCACUGGCUGCUAUUUAUCCACGAGCGGUUUCACGCACUAAGCUCCUACCGUCCAGCUGUCAUGACAUUAUUGCCGAACAUUCCUGAAGGUGAUUCUUCAAUUCCACCAGGGGUCAUGGAAUACUUUACCCUGCUCAUUCACGUGUUCCGUGUCAUCGAUGACGACUUUAUCAGAAAUUGGAGCGACAAAACCAGGCCUGAACUGACUCUCGCCUGGAUCGAGAAGAAGCAAGCCGAGCUUGGUCAUGAUACAAACACAUGGAGCGCAGGGUUUGAAACGCUCAGUGACAUGCAGCAAGUAGACUUGAUCGUUACGAGAUAUUGGCUCCGCACUCUUCUGUGGGAAAUGGCGUUACACAAAUCCAUCCUUAGUUCUAACGUGCAAAAUCCCAACCACGACUUCCUCUCCUUAGCUUUCCCUAUCAGGCUAUCACAUCAACUUCAACAUUGCUUGAGUAACAAGCCACGCGAAGCUGUUGAGAUUCAUGGGACUGGCAUUCUGGACAAGAUUUUUGAGAUCACCUGCACUGUUGCGGAUCUCCUCCAAUACGUUGUCCCGAAUACCUGCACACCUGAAGUGCAGUCGGCACAUGUGGACUGCUUUUUAUUCUUGUAUUCUUUCUUGCUCAAAAUGUCCAAAUUCUAUCAUGUCGAACGAACACUUCUGGCGGCCAAACUUCAAGCUGUGCAGACGGCGCUUCCUUUCGCGAUAGAGGGCAAAGAGCGCACUGAUAGUUGGUCAUCAUCGUCUACUCCAGGUGGAUUGUCGGACCGCUUUUGA